AUGGCACCAGCACCAGCAACAAAAACCGUCCCCAUCUUAUUAGAAACAGUAAACCAAGUAACAAAUUGUGUCGGCCAACUUCCACGCGAAGAAGAAUUCGAUAAGAAUGACAUUGUCGAAAUCUCAGUGACCACCGCUCCCAAGGCCAGGAUAGAAAUUGCAACAGUCUCUGCAAUCAUUCAGUUUUCAUGCGAUCUUAUUCUCUCAAAAGUUGUAUACGAUAUCCGAAUAGACUUUCCUCGCAUGAAAUUACCAUUUGCAUGGACUAAUAAAUCCAUCCGCGACAUACUCUACGCUCCCAACGAUAAUCCAAUUGCCCUCGAAAUUGUGAGCAACGACUGUCGUCUCACGGUCUUUAAGAAUAACGAUGAUGUUCGCAGAGACGAAUGGUAUGAUGCAAUCAAAAAUUGGCACGAUGAUUUGCCAUCUCGAUUUCACUUGAUGUUGAACGAACUUGUGGAGAAUGUAUCCGCUCAUGCGGAACUUCCAGAAGAUAGGUUCUGUUUCACUGUUGGAUUACAUUUUUACAAAAAGAAGCUCUGUUAUUGUGUUGCCGACAGCGGUGUUGGUCUACACGGGUCGCUCCAACAAGGAAUUGUAGAAGACGCUAAAGCCGCCGCUCGUCGUGCUUGUGCUCUCUAUUUGACACGUCCUCAUGCUACAUCCAAGGGUAUCGAGAGAGGACAUCAAGGUGUUGGUCUAUUUAUCACAAGCGAAUUAUCUCAAAUGAACAGAGGCUACGUCCAAAUACUCUCUGGUUUACAGGAAUACGAACAAAGAGAUACCACUGUUGUGCGCGUCAGGGGUAUUGCUAAAUGGAAAGGCACUAUGGUACAUGGUGCGAUCAACUUGGACCAAGAAUUCAACUAUCGACGAGCCAUGAAAUUAUUUGCCAAUCCAGAUGACCUCAACAACGACCGAUUUCUCGUCGCCUCAAUACAUCUCAAUCUAUAUGGCCAGAACCUUCGCACUCGUGAAUUAAGUGAAGAAAUCAUCCAUGAUCUAGAAGCAGCCGUUGAAAGAGCAAGAAAAAUAAUCCUCGACUGUACAGGUGUCAAAGAAAUGUCACAGGCUUUCUUUGGUUUCCUUCGCCGUUUUGUUGUGAAACACUCAAAUGUACGAAUGAUGAUUAUGAUUCCACCCGAUGCUAGUGAAGAGUUACGAGAGGAUCUACAAGACUUGAGCGAGCUAGCAGCACAGAACAAAUCAGAUGACGAGGAAUAA